CGAUGAGCUAGUGUACACGUUCACAGCAGGUAAGUGAAGGCAGCAGGCGCCUCUCGAGCACACGUUAUUACCCCAGUGCAUGGGCCACACUCCAUCAUAUAAACACACCGCUCUCCUCCCUUCACUCCUCUUCCAUCUUCGAUCACUCACGCUCAUUACAACUCCCGAUCUUUUCAUACUACACCUGAGUGCACGACACCCUCGAUCAUCUGCACCAGCUCACCUACAACCUGACCUCUAAGAUACCCAUAUCAAUCCACCUUGGUCGUUCCUCUCAGUGAACGACAUCAACAAACAUCAUGAAGUCUCUUGCUACUCUCGCCACUCUUCUGGCUGCCACUGCAGUCGCUGCGCCCGCCCACGACGUCAAGCCACGCGACCUCUACAACGACAAUGCGCCUCACGUCGACGACCCCAAUUUCGUUAGCGCCGUGAUGCGGGCUCACUGGUACUGGCGACGCCUCCACUGCGCUCAAGACCUAGUCUGGGGCCAGGACCUAGCCGAUGCUGCUCGCCGUGACAUUGCAGAGUGCACGUAUAUGCCCGAGCACAUGCGCUCCGGCAGCAACCUGUCAUCGCAGAAGCCGGCCCCUUCCAACUACGACGAGUGGAUCGAGUUCGCCCGUACCGCUGUCCAUGGAUGGCACGAGGAGGAGACCAAGUAUCCGUACGACCACCCGCACUAUGCUGACACUUGGGGUCACUUCACGCAGAUGGUGUGGCGCAACACAUCCCGCGUCGGCUGCGCUGUUGGCUUCUGUAACCCUGGUCAGGUCGACUGGCCUGGUCGUCUCUACUGCUACUAUGACUUUGUCGGCAAUAAUAUUGCGGCCGGCCAGUUCGAGGCGCAGGUCUGGGGCCCAGUCUGCGGCGACCCUUCACUCGGUGAAGCCACCAAGCGCGCAGAGGUCAGCUAUGACUGGACUCGCAAGUAAGCGUCGAUGAGAUGUUCCAAAAACUGGUACAUACAAAGGAAAGCAGCACGUCAGUGAUUAGGCUCCCUCUUCACGACGUCUCUGUAACGGCAUGAUAGCCCGGGUUGGUGAUGACGUUCACGGUACAUACUCCUUACAUCCUUCUCUCGUUCAUACUUGGUGGCGUUUGCUAGUGUAUCUCUGACCAUCUGGUUGGUCAUCUUGGUCGCGUCAUCUGCAUUAUCUGCGUUGGCAACAAUGACGACUAUGAUGCAAUCCAAACCAUGUCAGACAUGCACGGGGUAGCUUAGCAUGACGGGUGUACACUAGGUUUCAAUUCAUCAAUUCUCACCGA